AUGACUUUCCUAAAAUGGGAGGAUUACGUCGUCUUGACAAUAGCUGUGAUUCUAUCCCUUGGUGUUGGGCUGUUUCAAUCCCUCCGGAAGAGAAACAUGAACACUACGAAAACGUUCAUCAUGGGGGAUUCAAAAAUGUCGUUUUUACCGGUUGCGAUAUCACUGAUGGUUUCAUACGAGUCGGGUAUCAUGAUGUUGGGAAUUCCGGCAGAGGUGUAUAUAUAUGGUAUGCAGUGGGGUAUAUCAUAUUUUGGCUUCUUCAUUGCGGAUAUGACAUGUCGGCAAGUAUUCGCACCAGCCAUCCGGAAAUUGGAAAUAACUAGCAUUUAUGAGUAUUUGGAACUCCGUUUUAAGUCACAUGGCAUCAGAAUAUUUGCGACUGUGUUGGGUAUGUUUUAUGGGAUAAAUUACUUCGGAACAGUUCUUUUUCUACCAGCAAUAUCACUUGAGGCUGUGGGAGGUAUUCCAACGUGGAUAUCCAUCGUGGUUCUUCAGGUCGUAGUCUUGGUGUAUACCCUGAUAGGUGGAUUCAAGGCUGUCAUCUGGUCGGACGUUAUACAAACCAUGGUCAUGUUAAUUGGAAUACUUGCUGUACUUAUCAAGGGUACAAUAGCGGCGGGAGGAGUGACUGCUACAUGGAGUGCUGUAUACGAUACGGGCAGAGUCAACUUGUUCGAGUUCAAUCCUGACCCAACGUUAAGACAGUCGUUUUGGAGUCUUCUUAUUGGAAGUUCUAUUAGAGGCUUUUCUACUGUUUUUAUGCAAACCACAUUUCUGCGGAUCAAAGCCACACCCACUUUGCAAUCAACAUCUAAUAUGUAUCUUGUUACCGCCUUCUCCCUUAUGAUGAUGUCCUGGUUGGGUGUGCUGGAGGGAGCUGUUAUGUUCGGCUACUACUACAAUCAAGGUUGUGACCCACUAGAAUCGAAACAAUUGGAUAAUCAGAAUCAGCUGAUGCCAGCUAUGGUUGUAGAUUUAUUCCAUGACACGCCUUGCAUGCCGGGACUUUUCUUCGCCGCCUUGUUUAGUGCCUCCCUAAGUUCCAUGUCGUCCUUGUUGAGCAGCAUGUCAGCAAUGUUCUGGGAGGAUAUUGUUAAACCUCACACCAAACCGAUGUCUGAGAGGAGGGGGAUCAUCAUCACUCAGAUCUCAAUGUUUAUGUUCGGCGUUCUUGGCUGCUCGGUCGCAUUUGUUGUUUCAGAGCUAGAAGGCCCGGUAACACGAAUUUUUAACGUCAUGUCAUCAAGCGUAACGGGGGCAAUGACAGGAGUAUUUCUUCUUGCCUUCCUUGUACCAUGGGCAAAUUCAUUGGGAGCGAUAGUAGGAGGACUGUCUAGUGUACUUUUCGUUGGAUGGAUCUCCGUAGGAAAAUUCGUAUCUACGGGUGUGCGAGUACACCCUAAACUAGAACCAGCUCCGAUGUAUAAUUGCCCAUCUUCCAAUAUCUCCAUCCAAAUGAACAGCACUAAUUUUGACAGCAUUAGUAGCUCUUUGUACCUAACGAACAUCACAGCGUCUUCUGUGGAAACUGAAAGUCUACCCCAAGGUUUAGAUGCAUUAUAUUCCCUCUCCUACAUGUGGCUUGGCGCUUUGGGUGUCCUCAUCGUCGUAUUGGUCGGUGCUCUCGUAAGUCGCCUCAAAGACCAACCACCAGUUGACCCAGACCUUCUGAUUCCCGUGUUUGAUUUAGUUUGCUGCUGUCUUCCGAAAUGGGCACGGAAACGGUGCCGAUGUCUCCCUGAACUCGAUACCGAUUUAAAUGAAGAAGAAAAACCUUUUAAUGAAAUUCGUACGAAGGAACAAUCAGUUUGA